AAAAUUUGAAAUCGAUUCAUCGAUGAGCAAAUCGAUGCUUCUCCACCUCUAUUAAUUAAUCACUUUUACUGUUUACUUUUUAAUUAAAACUGCCUUAAUUAAAUUAGCAGUAACGGCAACAGCAGAAGGGCAAUGUAACGCAAAGAAGCAGCGCCCCCCAGACUCAUCCAGGAAUAGAAACCAGAGCAAUUUACUGCCUCCAAGAAGUUGCCAGUCUCUUAAAGCUCCAUUUGGCAAUUAAACAACAACAAUAGCGAGUGCGAGUGUGCUUAUGUUAGUUGGUGUGUGUGGAAUGCAUAUUUAAAUGAACAAAUCCAAAAUCUGUUCAAAGCUGAGUGUAUAAUUUACCGUUUGGCCUUCCCUCGGCCGCGAGCAAAACCAGCAACAACAAAACCUCGCGCUCACUCACUCCCACACGCAUACAGACGCACAGCGAUAACCUGCGUAUGAAGCAAUCUCCUCAAAUCAGAAACAAAAACAAAAACCGAAACACCCAUUACGCUCCAAUAAGUCAAUCAAAAAUUUAAAUAUGGGCCUGCUACUCUCCCGGCUGUGGCGGAUGUUCGGUAACGAGGAGCACAAGCUGGUGAUGGUGGGGCUGGACAAUGCCGGAAAGACCACGAUUCUGUACCAGUUCCUGAUGAACGAGGUGGUGCACACGAGUCCCACGAUCGGCUCAAAUGUAGAGGAGGUGGUCUGGCGGAACAUCCACUUUCUGGUGUGGGACCUCGGCGGACAGCAGAGCUUACGGGCCGCUUGGAGCACCUAUUAUACGAACACAGAACUGGUGAUUAUGGUCAUUGACUCCACGGACAGGGAACGGCUGGCGGUGACACGGGAAGAGCUCUAUCGUAUGCUGCAGCAUGAAGAUCUGGCCAAGGCCAGUCUGCUAGUUUAUGCCAACAAGCAGGAUCUAAAGGGCUCCAUGUCCGCCGCGGAGAUAUCACGGCAGCUGGAUCUCACCUCAAUCAAGAAGCACCAAUGGCACAUCCAGGCCUGUUGCGCGCUCACGGGCGAAGGUCUUUACCAAGGUCUGGAGUGGAUUGUGCAGCGCAUCAAAAAUAAAUGACACGCCUCGCUAGGUAGUAGCUAAUAAAUAAAUCUAGCUGUCUAGAAACCAAUUUUGAUAUAAAAAAUUUUUAAGCGUUUCCAAAUUGUUUGAAAAGUUGUUGCCAAGCCAAUUUUAUUUAGUGUAAAAUAACGACUACGACUAACGAGAAGUACCCCUCAAUGAUAAAAAUAAAUAAUUAAAAAUUACGUGUACGGAUAAUGUUUAGGAGCUAAGCCGAUUAACUACGAUACUUCCAAUAAAAUUACAAAAUAGA